AUCUGAGAUCAUUUAUUUGUUUUGCAGUCAUCAAAACGGAUCCAAAACAAAGCGAUUUACAGAUUUGUUUCUUAUACUUCGAAAAUGGGUAAAGGAAAACAGUUUUUAGACGGCAAAUCAAGUCAGUUAUACGAGCCGUGUGUUAUUGUUCAUGGUGGUGCUUGGAGCAUUCCCGAACAUCUUCAACCAAUAUGUCUUGAAGGCGUCAAGGARGCCGUCAGAGCUGGUUAUGGAAAGUUAUUACAGGGAGGUAGUGCUGUUGAUGGUGUAGAAGCUGCAGUCAUGAGUCUUGAAGAUAAUCCAGUAUUUAAUGCUGGACAUGGGUCUGUCUUAACUGAAGAUCGCACCGUGGAAAUGGAUGCCAUGGUAAUGGAUGGCAAAACAUUGCAUUCAGGGGCUGUCGCAUGCAUUCCAAAUGUGUCCAAUCCAGUAGCAGUUGCCCGUCUAGUGAUGGACAAGACAUCACACUGCCUGCUWGUAGGAAAUGGAGCAGUCAAGUUUGCUAAGAAAAACAAUGUUCCUAUCCUAGAUGAUCCCACUGUCCUUAUUUCAGAGUUUUCUAAAUUGAAGUCAGAGCUAGUAAAGGAUGAMAUGCAAAAUUUUGAUUCAAUGCUUGCUGCAACAAUGAACACUGAAUCACUUGUUGGUGAUCAACAAAAGAAAGUCGAAAUUAUCAAGGCACGAUUAAAUCAACAAAAUAUGCAUGAUACAGUGGGGGCAGUUGCCAUGGACUGCCAUGGAAACAUAGCAUCUGCCACAUCAACUGGUGGUAUACCAUUUAAGAUGCUUGGACGUGUUGGUGACUCUCCCAUGGUUGGCUCGGGAGGCUAUGCAAACUCCAGUGCAGGAGUUUCCACCACAGGACAUGGUGAAUCCAUCCUGAAAGUUGUUCUUGCUCGUGAGAUAGUCAGCCAUGUUGAAAGGGGUGCUACUCCCACCCAGGCUUGUCUGGAUGGACUACAAAUGAUGUACGACAAGACUGAGGGUCAGGGGGGUGUCAUAUGUAUUGAUAAUAAUGGUAACUUUGGACAUUCUCACACAACUGAAACYAUGUCAUGGGCUACUUUGAAAGAGGGAGUUUUAUCAUAUGGGUGCAUGCCAGGGGAAGUAAUGAAAAUACAGGAAUUCUAAUUAUGAAACAAUUUUGAUUUUGUCAAAAUUACAUAUGUAGAAAUUAGGUUAGGGAUGAUUAACACAGUAAUAGAUCAAUAGUGGGACAUUUUUCAAAGCUAAAGGGCAUCAUUUCUUGAAUGAUUCAGUGUACGUAUGUAAAUCAGGUAGCAAUAUUUCCAUUCUUUCUGUAUAGUGGUAAUUUCUAUUAAAAUUUAUUUUAUUCAA